CACGCGGGCGGCGGGAUGAGGCGAGCUGCUAGGCCCCGCCUAGGGGAGGGCGGGCUGGAGGACGAGCUGUUGUCAACCCCACCGCCAGCAAAGGCCCGGCUCUUGCGAGCAGCUCCAGCCCAGCGGAACGAAACCCCGGCCCUUGUCAGCAGAGCUGGCCGCACAAAGGCGAGAAGCGAGCCGGCGCCCACGGCCCGGAGACGUUGGGGCUUGGCCCCCUGGGGCAGUGCAAUGUCAGCUGCAGAACCACGACCAAUGGAGGUUUCUCCAUCAUCAAAUUCGUCUAGUUCCUUUGAGGCAGUAGAAACAGAUACAGCAAAUAAAUAUGAGCCCGUUUCCCCUCACUGGUUUUAUUGCAAAGUAGCAGAUGCCAGAGAAAGAUGGAUUCCCUUUAGUGAACAAGAUUCAGAGAAGUUGGAAAGUUUUUAUCAAUCUAGUAAAGACAGUGAGGAGCUGGUUGUUCCAACAGAAGGGGGACGGUAUGAUGUACAAUUGAAGAAGAGGCUCCGUUGUGCGGUCUACUGGGAGGAAGAGGACUCUGAAGUCCGACGCUGUACUUGGUUUUACAAAGGAGAAAAAGACAACAAAUAUAUUCCAUACUCUGAAAGCUUCAGUGAGGAGUUAGAGGAAACAUAUAUGAUCUGUGUCACACUAGAUGAGUGGAAGAGAAAACUAGAGUCCCCUUCUAGAGAAGUUAUAAUUUUGCAUAACCCAAAGCUGAUGGUACAUUACCAGCCAGUAGCAAUCUGUGAUGACUGGGGUGCAAGUCCUGCAGAGCAAGGCCGGCCAAGGACCGUGAAGAGAGGAGUGGAAAAUAUCUGUGCUGAAAUUCCUGCUGGAGAGCCUGUGCAAAUAGAUCAUUUGGUUUUUGUUGUGCAUGGAAUUGGACCAGCCUGUGAUAUUCGGUUCCGGAGUAUUGUUCAGUGUGUCAAUGACUUCCGCACUGUCUCCCUGAGAAUGCUGCAAGCACAUUUCAAGAAAGCUCAGGAGCAACAACAAAUUGGCCGAGUCGAAUUCCUUCCAGUGAAUUGGCACAGUACUUUACAUACUGGGGUGGAUGUGGACUUGGAAAGAAUCACCUUGCCAAGCAUCAACCGCCUGCGUCAUUUUAUCAAUGACACUAUCCUGGAUGUUUUCUUCUAUAAUAGCUCCACCUACUGCCAGACCAUUGUAGACACAGUUGCUUCUGAAAUGAACCGCCUCUAUCUGCUCUUCUUGCAAAGGAACCCUGACUAUAAAGGGGGAGUUUCAAUAGCAGGUCACAGUUUAGGGUCACUUAUAUUGUUUGAUCUUCUCACUAAUCAAAAAUGCACUACAGAGGGAGAAGAUAAUAACAAGGAAUCUGAUACUCCAGCAUCCAGUGAAGAAGGCCUUGGGUCAAUAAAGGACAUCUUGAAGGAACUUGAACUUUCUGAAUUUUACUCUGUGUUUGAGAGGGAGCAUGUGGAUAAAGAAGCACUGGCCUUGUGUACAGAAAAAGAACUUAAAGAGAUGGGGAUUCCUUUGGGACCCAGAAUGAAAAUCCUUCACUUCUUAAGGAACAAAAACAACAUCCAGGGUUCCAAAAGAGAGAGACUUGCAGCAGCUUGGGAAGACGGAGAUGUCAAGCAGGAGGCACCUGCAAAACCCACAAACAUGAAGUCCAUUUGCCAGUGUCUGGAUGUUGUGACAGGACAGGUCACCGCCAAUUACCCUCAGCUAAUCUACAAGCCGCAGAUCUUCUUUGCUUUUGGCUCUCCUAUUGGGAUGUUUCUCACUGUACGAGGAAUAAAAAGGAUUGAUCCCACAUACAGCCUGCCUACCUGUAAAGGUUUCUUCCAUGUCUUUCAUCCCUUUGACCCAGUGGCAUACAGGAUUGAGCCCUUGAUUGUCCCAGGUGUGGAUUUUGAACCUAUGUUGCUGCCUCAUCAUAAAGGCAGGAAGAGGAUGCAUUUAGAGCUGAAGGAGGGCCUCACACGGAUGAGCACGGACAUCAAAAACAACUUGCUAGGUUCAUUGAGGAUAGCCUGGCAGUCAUUCACUAGGACCACAUUGCCAGCUGUGGAGGCAGGGGCUACCACAGAGGCUGAAGGUGAAUCGGAAACCGAAGCCAGCUUAAAGAAGCCAACCGAUGAGAAACCCGAAGAGCCAUCUGAACCAGUAAAUGAAGAACCCGUGCCGAUUAAUGUGGGCAUGCUUAAUGGAGGUCAUCGCAUUGACUAUGUGCUUCAAGAGAAACCCAUUGAAAGCUUUAAUGAAUAUUUGUUUGCACUGCAAGGCCAUCUCUGCUAUUGGGAGUCAGAGGACACAGUUCUGCUGCUGCUGAAAGAGAUUUACCAAGCACAGGGCAUCAGCCUGGACCAACCUCUCCCAUAAGGCCAGAUAGACAUGCUGCAUCAGUCUAUUCACCAAAUAUGUACUCCAAAGUGGAAACUUGUCAAGACUUCCUGUCCACCACUGUCACCUUCUGUCAUCUGUUGCUGAUGUGCCCAGCAUGCUUCAUUCCCACUAUGUGGAGCUCUGGAGAAUUCCCUGUCCCAGUUGAAGUGUGGCAAUCAUUUUUUUAUCUCACUUGCUCGAAUCAUACUGUACCUGUGCUCACUGACUGUCCAGUCUGUGCCCACUGGCUUAGAGGCAGGUGCACGUGUUAAGUCGCAACACCAGCUAGUCUAGAAUGGCGCUAGAUGUGGCUAGAAAUCGGUGCUAGAACUUCACAUCAUCUCUUGGGUUUGAAGCCCCUGGUAUGAAAAACCAGUGUUGGUUAGAGUUAUGCCAAUUUUGAGUGAAUCACCUCUUGUGUGUCUGUGAGGGGGUAUAUUUUAUAAAUCUUUGCUCUGUAGCAGCAUGCGGCUACUCAAGCACCAUGGUUUUGUUUUCUGUGGUGGAUUUAUUUUGUUGGGUACUCUUCCUUGCAGCUGCUUUGCCCAACAGAUGGAGCUGCAGACCAAAGCAAGAGGCUUUCCAAAUCCCAUCCCUGUCUCACUCCCAUUCCUGUCUCACCAGACCAGGAGUCAGUCCUGCUCUGCUGGUUCUUGCCAAGUGUGCCUAAUGCAGCAGGACAAAUAUAGAAGAUACUGCUCUUAGGAGAAACUGACAGUUGUGUGGCCAGCUGCAGAUUAGUUCCUGCUUUGUACACUCCCAAGCUAUGACCAGUUGACUCCUCCAGUUGUGAGCUGGGCAUCUCUGUGUGUGUUUUCUGUACUCCAAAUAGCUUCAGCACACAUGGAUAAGCAUGGACUCCACUGUGGACUUCCCUAGCUCUGCUGAGAGCUAUGGUUGGUGCAAUGAAAUGUGCAUGCAGCUGUUCCACAAGGUGGGAGGUCCUGAGUUGUCGGGAGGCUCUUGGUGUAGCAAAGCCCAAACAUGCUAUUGAAAUAGGACGAGGCUUUUAUGGCAGGUGUCAACCUGUCACACAGCUGCUUCCUUUGCCCAUGUGGGGGCCGUGGUUUAGAUAAGAAAAGUGGGGACUGUGUUAUCAUUGCACAACUACUUCAUGCACACUUGUACUACAUCUUGGCACAACUGUUGGGUAACAAGGGCUCCUGUUUUCUAGGCAUUUGUUCACAUUUCAGGAAAUGUCAUCAAUGAGCAGUAGGCAGUAAUGUGUUGCUGGGUGGGUUGGGGAAAGGUGUGAUCCUUCUGUACACUUUGUGUAGACUGUAUCAAAACCUCCCUUCCCACGGGUUAUUCUCCCUACGUUUGCACUAUUGUCGUUGCCUCAUCCACUAUCUUGUCCUCUAGUGCUUCAGCUGUGACUGAGCAACACCAUUUGGCGUAGCCAAGUUCUGGGUUACAACUUCUGCAAAGGUGUAUGGUGGGGGGUGGGGGGCACUAUAGGAAAGAAUCCUUUCUUGGCCAGCCAAGUCACAAGAACAACUGUUGAAAUUUAUGCACUUUGUAAAGGAUGUCUAUUUAAAGUUAUUUAACCUCUUUUUCAGUAAAGACGUGGCUUUGGUGUA